GAUCUUUGGACAAAAAUUCUUAAUUUGUAUAGGAUAGAAAUAAAAGGAAAAAGGGAUAAAAAAUUAGUUGAUGGAUUCCCAACCAUAAAUAACAACAAAGAGAAAUUCUAAGUUUCAAGAAAGAAAAGGAAAAAAGAAAACAAUAAUCUUGUAGUGAAUUUUCCUUCUGGCUGAAUUUCGUUUUUUCCAUGCAGAGUUUCGGUUUCAGACGCCUGGGAGAUGCACCAAGGGCCACGCCCUUCUGGACCCAAGCAAAUGCCCUCCUCAUAAAAAACUUAACCUACCAGAAACGAAAUUUGAGGAGAAAUAUUAGUCUGAUUUCUUUUCCAAUCAUCCUCUGUUCAUUGCUCGCUGCAAUUCAAACGUUUGUCGACAAAAACUUGGAUAACCCGGAUCUCAAUUGUGGUUGUGCUUGUGUUGAUAAGAAUGGAGAUGGUAAAUGUGAGAAAGUUUGUGGGAUAGAGUACUCAAGUUCGACACAAGCACCAAACUGCCCCAAUCCAAGUCCUCCACGAUGGGCUCCCAUAUUGCAAAUGCCUGCUCCUGAUUUCCGGGCUGUGAGAACAGAUUUUUUUCCAUAUACAGACUUGCCAAAUGAAUCAUGCAGGGAGUCAGCGUCAUGUCCUGUUACUAUGCUUUUCACUGGAAAGAAUCGUUCUCUUGGAAAUAUUUUGGCUGGAAAUAUGGUCCCAAGUUCUUUGUUUUGGAAUUCUUCUGAUGCUAUGAAUGCUGCAUCUCUUAACGUUUUGGGAUCAGAAAAGAAGCCUACAACAAACGGUUAUCUUGAUUCCGCUUUCUUUUCAAGUCUUCCUUUAUAUUAUAUACUACGUCAGUGUGUGAAAAGCCCGACAGUGUCAAUUCCUGUUUCAUUAUUCUCUCUUACAAACGCACAAAAAGUUGCAUGUGUUCAAGGCCUACAAUUGUGGCGCAAUAGUUCUUCACAGGUGAAUGAUGAGAUAUACAGAGGUUACAUAAACGGGAAUCCCGAGGGAAAAAUCAAUGAGAUUCUUUCAGGCUUUGAUUUCUUAAAUUCGGAUAGGAACAAUUUUAAUGUGACUAUAUUGUAUAAUUCAUCUUAUAAGGCUUCCGCUGGCUCUCCGAACUUUCGGUUGCGGGUGCCACGCUUGGUUAAUCUGGUAUCCAAUGGCUAUCUUAAGUUUAUGUUAGGAGCAGGCACAGAGAUGCCCUUUCAGUUUGUCAAAGAAAUGCCGAAACAUGAAACAAAGACGCAGAUAGAUUUUUCUUCCAACCUUGGUGCGCUAUUUUUUACGUGGGUCAUCCUCCAGCCUUUUCCAGUUAUCUUGACAUCGUUGGUAAGUGAGAAGCAACAGAAACUAAGAAUCAUGAUGAAAAUGCAUGGGCUUGGUGAUGGGCCUUAUUGGAUGAUUUCAUAUGCUUAUUUUCUCACAGUUUAUGCAGUAUACAUGUUUUGUUUUGUGAUGUUUGGCUCAGUUAUAGGGCUAGAUUUUUUUACAAUGAAUGACUACGGUAUCCAGUUAGUGUUUUAUCUUUUAUUUAUAAAUGUGCUAGUCUCCGUUGCCUUUCUAAUGGCUGGCAUGUUUUCAGACGUCAAGACAGCUGAAGUUUCGGCAUAUAUUGGUGUCUUUGGAACAGGGCUCUUAGGUGGAUUUCUCUUCCAAUUUUUUAUUGAAGAUCCAUCAUUCCCACAUGGCUGGCUUAUAUUAAUGGAGUUAUAUCCUGGAUUUAUGCUAUAUCGUGGGUUGUAUGAGUUUGCAUUUUUUUCUGUCACUGGGAAGAUAAUAGGGACUUCUGGAAUGCAAUGGGGAGAUUUGACUGAUAGUACCAAUGGAAUGGGAGAAAUCUUGAUCAUUAUGCUUUUUGAGUGGAUAGUGGUGCUUCUAAUUGCAUAUUAUAUCGAUCAAGUUUUAUCAUCGGGGAAGCAUCCAUUGUUUUUCCUUCAAAGACACGACAAAAAAACUACAUCGAACAAUCUUGUUCUGGAGAGGCAACGAUCAAAAGUUGUGGUUCAGAUUGAUAAACAUGAUGUCAGAGAAGAGAGGGAGAAGGUCGAACGGUUGCUAAAUGAAAGACAUCCAGGUCAUGGCGUCAUAUGCGACCAUCUCAAAAAGGUGUAUCCAGGAAGGGAUGGAAACCCCGAGAAGUUUGCAGUUAAAGGACUGUCUCUUGCUAUAGACCGAGGAGAAUGCUUUGGGAUGCUAGGUCCUAAUGGUGCGGGAAAAACCUCCUUUAUCAGUAUGAUGAUUGGUCUUACAAAACCAACCGCUGGAACAGCCUUUGUUGAAGGUCUGGACAUAAGAACUGAGAUGAAUGCUGUAUAUGAAAGCAUGGGCGUUUGUCCACAGCACGACCUGCUAUGGGACAACUUAACAGGAAGGGAACACCUACUCUUUUAUGGCAGACUGAAGAGCUUAAAAGGUUCUGCUUUAAUACAAGCAGUGGAAGAAUCUCUGAAGGAGGUCAACCUCUUCAAAGGAGGAGUAGCAGACAAACAAGCUGGGAUGUACAGUGGAGGUAUGAAGAGGAGGCUUAGUGUCGCUAUAUCACUAAUUGGGGAUCCUAAAGUUGUUUAUAUGGAUGAGCCAAGCACUGGCCUAGAUCCAGCUUCAAGAAAAACUUUAUGGAAUGCUGUGAAGCGUGGAAAGCAAGAUCGAGCAAUCAUCCUUACUACACAUUCUAUGGAAGAGGCAGAAGUCUUAUGCGAUCGGAUAGGAAUUUUUGUAGAUGGAUGCCUCCAAUGUGUUGGACAUCCAAAAGAGAGGAACAAAUACGAGAGCAAGCCAAAAAAAAAGAAAGUUUCAAUCUUAUCAACCCGCUUAAAGCCAGAUAUGGUGGGGUUUAUGUAUUUACAAUGACAACAUCCGCUGUUCAUGAGGGAUAUGUUGAGGACAUGGUGAAGCAAUUAGCCCCUGGAUCUAACAAGAUUUACCAUUUAUCUGGAACACAAAAAUUUGAGCUUCCAAAACACGAGGUUCGAAUUGCUGAUGUGUUUUUAGCAGUUGAAAAGGCCAAAAGCAGAUUUGCAGUUUUGGCUUGGGGUUUGUCUGAUACCACUUUAGAAGACGUCUUUAUCAAAGUUGCUAAGGGAGCUAAGACUUCACAUAUGCUUUCUUGAAUUCUUGUUGCUUUCUCUUUUUCAAAGUUUCAAAAGAGAAUGGUGAUCAAUUUAAUUUUUUUUUUUAUUGAAUCUAAUGAACAUUAUUUAAUUUUUGUACCUGAAAUAUUUAUUUGAAUAUGAUUAAUACGAUGGUUAUAUGAAAA